GGACCGAGGAGGCCAGGGGGCGCGCCACGAUCGGGGAGGUUCUCCCCAAAAAGUCUCACCGCCCCGGGGUCCAGAUUGCAAACAGUGCAGGGCGGCAGAAGGAGGCUCUCCCGAGCCGCGCGCGCGAUGACAAUCACAGGUGGAGCUAACGGCUGAUUAUCUCGGCCUCCCGGCACUUCCACCGCAGUAACGGGGUGAACGAACGGUGUGGUAGGAAUCGGGGCCAGUGGGGUUCCCCGGGCCACAGCCCUCGGCGCUCCGGUCCCCCGAACCUGGGCGCCGCCCACGUCUCCCCCGUGACGCGGGCGAGGGGGCUCGGGAGUUGUAGUCUCCGUCAGGGAGCGUGAGCGCCGGGGCCGGGGCUGCGCGGACUCCACGUCCCGGCGGGCGGCGCGGCCUGGGGCCGCCAGGGGCGGGGCCGUCGGCCCUUUAAACCUUUCAGGGCUGCUCCGAGGGCCGCAGCCGGAGACAGCACCACGAGGGGGCUGAGUGCGGAGCGGCGUCUGGACGCUAAGCGGAGGCCAGGGCAGCUGAUGGUUGUGGCCCGACCCCUCCUCCCUGCCUACCUCUUGUCCUCCCCCCCAUACCACCACCACCCUGGCUCCCCUCCCUCAUGACAGCCUGGAUCCUCCUCCCUGUCAGCCUGUCUGCCUUCUCCAUCACCGGCAUAUGGACUGUGUAUGCCAUGGCCGUGAUGAACCGCCACGUGUGCCCUGUGGAGAACUGGUCCUACAACGAUUCCUGUUCUCCUGACCCUGCUGAACAAGGGGGCCCCAAGACCUGCUGCACCCUGGAUGAUGUCCCCCUCAUCAGCAAGUGCGGCACAUAUCCCCCAGAGAGCUGCCUCUUCAGCCUCAUUGGCAACAUGGGUGCUUUCAUGGUGGCCCUCAUCUGCCUUUUGCGCUACGGGCAGCUCCUAGAACAGAACCGGCACUCCUGGGUUAACACCACUGCACUCAUCACAGGCUGCACCAACGCCGCGGGCCUCGUGGUGGUCGGCAACUUUCAGGUGGAUCAUGCCAAGUCUCUGCACUACGUUGGCGCUGGCGUGGCCUUCCCCGCGGGGUUGCUGUUUGUGUGCCUGCACUGUGCCCUCUCCUACCACGGGGCUGCCACGCCCCUGGACCUGGCUGUGGCCCACCUGCGAAGCGUGCUGGCUGUCAUCGCCUUCAUCACCCUGGUCCUCAGUGGUGUCUUCUUUGUCCACGAAAGCUCGCAGCUGCAGCACGGGGCGGCCCUGUGUGAGUGGGUGUUCGUCAUCGAUAUCCUCAUUUUCUAUGGCACCUUCAGUUAUGAGUUUGGGGCCAUCUCCUCAGACACACUGGUGGCUGCACUGCAGCCUGCCCCUGGCCGGGCCUGCAAGUCCUCCGGGAGCAGCAGCACCUCCACCCACCUCAACUGCGCCCCCGAGAGCAUUGCCAUGAUCUGAAGCCUGAGGAGGGUGGCUGGCCUGGCCUCCGCAGCAAGCCCCCUGCCCCGUUCCCUGCAUUUAUUUUGUACCCUUUUUUGGGGGGGAAAGUAUUCUGUCAGGAUCUGGGCUUCCUCACUUGCAGAGAAGUGGGCAGCCCGCAUUUACCUGUGCCAUAGAGGACCAGGCCCUGCUGGCUGCCUCAGCUGCAGGACCUGCUCCCCCACACCGAGAAGACAUUGUUCUGUGUUGAAAGAUCACCUGUCCUCACUCGCCCUGCCAGCCCUUCAGGUGCCUUCUACCCCCAGUGCCUGAGCCAGAUCACUGGGGGUUCCUGCUGCAGGAAUCGGGGAGGGGCUGGGACCAACAGGAUGGGAGGAGGGGAGUAAGGUCUGCUGGGGGUUGGGGCACACCUUAGUUGGAUGGGAAAGCCCACUCUGGGCCUACUGAGCUGCACUGGGAUUCUUCACUCUGCCUCUCACUUCCUUUAAGGCAAAUAACACAGCAGAACCACGUGGGUAUUUUAGUACUUUUUUUUUAUACCUAUUAAAAAGAACUCUAAUUUG